AUGGAAAAGCAUCAAGAAAAACACCAAGACGAUGCCAUCACCAGCACAUUCAGUCGCAGCCAUCUAUGGAAGCCCGUAUUGGGCGACAUAGCAGCGGCAGCUCUAUCCGCAACAUUAAUAACACCAGUCAUCACAGUCAUCGACCAGUCAAUGGUUGAAAAGGUCUCUUUCAACAGACCACUGGCCUCUGGCAUGAAAAUGAACAGCCUGUACGCUCUCAAGCAUCCUGGACGCUUCAUCUUUGGCCGCGCAUUCGGCUACGUCUGGGCUCUUUAUGCAGCUACAUACGCUGUGUCAAACUCAUCAGAUACCCUCGCUCAUGAGUUCCAUAGAGCAGCUGUUGGAACAAUUACUUUCGUCAACACGAUGAUCAUUAAUGUUCCUCUUGGAGUGCUGAAAGAUGUUCGCUUUGCUCAGAUGUUCAGUGCGACUUCUACGCCAACACCAAAGACUGCACCUGUUGCAAAGCCCGGUGUCCCCAGAGCGGCGACGCUUGCAUUUCUCGGGAGAGAUGCCAUUACCAUCUUUGGCUCUUUCACCAUGGCUCCUUGGCUCUCUGCUCUUAUACCAGAUAGCCUGUCUUCGAGUCCGCAUUCUAAGGCUGUCAUAUCCCAAUUGACAGUGCCUAUCUUCUCUCAAUUCUUUGCCACGCCAGUACAUCUGCUGGGGCUGGACCUGUACGCCCGACCACGCGGGAUACCGUGGGUUGAGCGUUCGGCGCAGAUCCGAAGGGACUUAUUUUCGGCGACCAUACUCCGGUCUCUGAGGAUUAUCCCAGCGUUUGGGGUUGGGUGUGUUGCUAACAUGGAGGCUCGGUCUCGGUUCCAUAAGAUGUUCCAGAAGACCUAG